UGCCCAGAGCCCGCGGAAGUGCGGAACCGGAAGUCGCGUCAUUGGUCAGCGCCGACACGGUGCUUCUUCGGCGGCCUUGCGGAGCGCGAAGGUGCUGCUAUGGCUUCCAGUGGGGUCGGCGUGAACCCUGGCGGCUCGGCAAAUGAAGCUCCCGAAAUUCCAGACAACGUGGGAGAUUGGCUUCGGGGCGUCUACCGCUUCGCCACCGAUAGGAAUGACUUUCGGAGGAACUUGAUCCUCAAUUUGGGACUUUUCGCUGCCGGAGUUUGGCUGGCCAGGAAUUUGAGUGACAUUGACCUAAUGGCACCUCAGCCAGGGGUGUAGCCAAAUAGACACAUGGAACCCGUGCUGUACUUGAACCUUCCAAAAACAGAGCCUCCAAUCUGUGACCAUCACAAGACUUGCCCUGAUGGCAGCUGAAGUUUGAUUCAGAGGGGCACCUUCCCUUCCCUGCCUGAUUUCCUUUUCUUCACUGAGUCCACUCCAUUCUCUGGUCAGCAGUCAGGCUUCAGCUAAAUUGUUUUCCGCCAUUCCGUAAAGUUCUGUACAUAGUUCCCAAGUUUCUGCAGGGGGUGAUCUUUGCUCUUGUUUUGAGGAAUAACCUAAUAGUAUUUUACCAAUUAUUUGAAAUAAAGACUGCACACAAAGACAGCCAAUUUUUUUAUUAUUCUUUUAAUAAGAAACUUCAGCUUACAAAAACAAGGUGUAAAAAGUUGAUUUACAAAAAUCAUAAAAACAUGAUUUAUAUUUCACACUCAAGAGACAGGAACAAGCCCCAAAUGUGGGUUGUAACAGAGGUGGUUUGCUUCAUAUUGAAAGAAAAAAGAAUGGGAACUGUAGCCACCGUACAUUGAUGUUAUCAUAGGAUGAAGCUUAUUCUUGAGGAAUUUCCAUUUUUGAGCAGUACUAGGGGAAGAAGCCAUUUGGUGUUGCAUAGCAUGUUAGUGCACCAGGUGGGUUUUUCAGGCACCAGGGCGUCAUUGUCGCUGGACUAGAGUGGGAUUUGUUGGCAGAAAGAGGGCAGUGAUAUGCAGGUGGAGGCAAUGUGUUAAGUAAACCUGGGCAAUGGGCAUUAAAGUGAGCAGCUGCCUGAGAAAACUGCUUCCUUCACAAGGAAAUAGAUGUCCUGUGACCCUGAAAUUCAUGGUCGUGCCACUGUCUAGGAGUUUGGGUUCUUUGGAAAUGGAAUAUGUAAGGAACUGGCAUGGAAAGCCUUGUGGGCUUAGACACACAUGGAGAUGGAGACACGUUACCCUUGGCAACUUUUCCAGUUGAUUUACUCUGCUAGGCAUUUUUUAAAAUACUGCUUUUUCGUGCCAAGUCUCUUAUGGAACUGGUAUAGGAUUAAGGGACAUGCAUUAGAAAGGAGGGUCAGUAUAAAUGUACCAUAGUGGCCUAAUUGAUGCAGUUGACAGAUGUUGUCUCUAGUAACCUGUUCACUAAAGGUAAAUAGGACAAAAUAGCACCUCGUGACCCUGCCGGCAUAAAUCUCGUUAAGAAUGCUGUUUGAGAAUUAGAUUAGUUAUGUAUUUUUCUUUUCUUUUUUUUUUU